AUGCCGCCAUCUGCGUCCAAGGAGAAGCGUCUCGCCAAGCGCGCUGCCGCAGCAGCUGAAGGAAAGGACAAGAAGAGUCGCUCGAAGGCCGCCUCCAAGAAUGCCAGUACUGCUGGUUCGGCGAACGGCGAAGAUGCACCGAUUGAUCCAGACGCCCCGGCCACCUCGGCUGAGAAGAUGGACGAAGUCAAGCGGCUAGCGGAGCAGCUUGACAGGCAUGGUCUUUCUGACCGUGUUACAACGGGUGUUUUGGCGUCGAGUCCAGCGAGCAAGGACGUUAAGAUUGCAAGCGUUAGCUUGGUGUUCCACGGCCGUGUCCUCAUCACCGAUUCAACUCUCGAGCUUACACUUGGUCGGCGAUAUGGCUUGCUUGGCGAGAACGGCUGUGGCAAGAGUACGCUGCUCAAGGCAAUCGCCGCUCGCGAGUAUCCCAUUCCAGAGCAUAUUGACAUAUACCUCCUGAACGAGGGCGCUCCUCCUACCGACCUAGGCGCUUUGGAAUGGGUUGUGAAGGAAGCUGAGCUUGAGAUGGAGCGUUUGGAAAAGCUUGCCGAGAAGAUUCUCGAGGAAGAAGGCCCCGAGUCGCAGGUUUUGAUGGAUCUUUACGACCACAUGGAGAAGAUGGAUCCUUCUACUUUUGCCACUCGCGCCGCUCUUAUCUUGACUGGGCUUGGUUUUAACAAGCAAACAAUGCACAAGAAGACCAAAGACAUGUCUGGUGGUUGGAGAAUGCGUGUUGCCCUUGGCAGAGCUCUCUUCGUCAAGCCGACUCUACUUCUCCUCGAUGAUCCCACCGCUCACCUGGAUCUCGAGGCUUGUGUCUGGCUUGAGGAGUACCUCAAGAAGUGGGACCGCACUCUUGUUCUGGUUUCUCAUUCACAGGAUUUCCUCAACGGCGUUUGCACAAAUAUGAUCGACAUGCGGCAGAAGAAGCUCAAGUACUACGGUGGUAACUACGAUGCUUACGUCAAGACCCGUCACGAACAGGAGACGAACCAGAUGAAGGCGUAUCACAAGCAACAAGAAGAGAUUGCACACAUCAAAAAGUUUAUUGCCAGCGCUGGCACCUAUGCCAACCUUGUUAGGCAGGCCAAAUCUCGUCAAAAGAUUCUUGACAAGAUGGAGGCCGAAGGCUUCAUUCAGCCGGUCAUCCCUGACAAGGUUUUCACCUUCCGCUUUGCUGACGUCGAGCGGCUUCCACCCCCGGUCCUGUCUUUUGACAAUGUCACCUUUUCCUACUCCGGUGAUCCUAAGGAUGAUUUGUAUCGCAACCUGGACCUCGGCUUCGAUAUGGACUCACGCACCGCCCUUGUGGGGCCCAACGGUGUUGGCAAGUCCACUCUCCUCCGUCUCAUGACGGGCAAGCUUACGCCCACGAGCGGUACUAUCACUCGGCACACUCACCUCAAGUUGGGGCUGUACUCUCAGCACUCUGCUGAGCAGCUUGACCUCACAAAGUCUGCCCUGGAGUUCGUGAUGGAUAAGUACAGAGAGAAGUCUCAGGAUGUCCAAUACUGGCGUCAGCAGCUUGGCAAGUACGGCCUUUCUGGUGAUGCUCAAACAGCCAAGAUGGGCACUUUGUCUGAUGGCCAGAGGAGCCGUAUCGUGUUUGCUCUCCUUGCCAUCGACGGCCCCAACAUGCUACUGCUGGACGAGCCAACCAACGGUCUGGAUAUCCCAACCAUUGAUAGUUUAGCUGAGGCUAUCAAUGCAUUCAGCGGUGGUGUUAUUGUCGUUAGCCACGACUUCAGGUUAUUGGACAAGAUCGCCAAGCAGAUUCUGGUGUGCGAGAACAGGACAAUCAGGGAGUGGGAUGGCAGUAUUGCCGACUACAAGAACUAUCUGCGUAAGAAGAUGAUCUCGGCUGGUGCAGUCUGA